AAGGGCGUUAAAAACAAUGAGGCAGGGAGGUUGCAACAAGAAGUGCACACAGCAUCAUCAUUGGUAUAAUCGAAGUCACCAAUUUGGAUUCACAAAUUUACUCCCUUGCAUCUCUAGCUCCUCAUCAUCUUAAUUCAUUUGCACCAUGAAUUCUUCAACUAGCUUCAAGAUUUCAUCAUCAUUUUCUUUGCCCCCUUCUCAUCUUCACAACCAUUCAAGCUUUAGUUUCAGGACUAUAAUACACCACCACAAACAACCCCUUUUCAUCACUGCUUCUUCUUCUUCUUCCACCAAUGGCUCCAUUUCACCUCAGGCCGAUUCACAUGCAGUAGAGGAUUCACAUAGACGCAGAAGCGGUUUGGAGUCUUUGUUCUGUUAUGAUAAAGCCAUACCCGAGGAGAUUAUUGAGAAGCCAACUGGUUUAUCCUUAGCCGAGAAGAACAUUGGAGAUAAGAUGCGGUGUUCUGACUGCCAAGCUAAAGGUGCUGUCCUUUGUGCCACUUGUUCUGGUUCAGGUUUAUAUCUGGACUCUAUAUUGGAGAGUCAAGGAAUCAUGGUAAAAGUUCGCUGCCUAGGUUGUGGCGGAAGCGGUAACAUAAUGUGUUCAGAUUGUGGUGGUAGAGGUCACAUUGGAGUUUAGUUGUAAGGUUUGAGUUACUCCUGCAUCGGUGUAUUUUAUUCUUGUAUUUUGUAUCAUCAAUACAUAGUGAAAAUGUUAAUUUAAGCCCCCCCACUAGAUGGUGGUAAUCAUCAUCUAGUGAAGAUUUUGAACAAAAAGUGUUCACAAGAAUAUGUGCACUUCAUAUGCCUUGAUACCCUUUACCCAGAUGUUAAGAAGUGUGAUCGAGUUUUGGUUUGUAGUAAUUAUAUCGCUUUCUCAUUUUUUUUGUUGUUGAAGACUUCAAGUAAAUUGCUCAAAUUGCGACCGGAUGACUUCAUUU